UGACUUCAAUCGAGCGAGAGCUAAAAGGCAGCCUGGCAACCGUCAAGAAGCAGAAUCUGACAGUAUAAAGACAUAAGCGGAAUAUAAGAACCGAACGGCACUGUUGAACAGAAGUAAAGUGCGUGUAAAAUCAAAUCUAGAGGCUUCCGAAAAGUCUCAAGAUUAUCGAAAUAUCUGCGGAUGCUUGGACUAAAUUAGCUAAACCGCAUUUGUCGGUUCGCAAAUUUGCGUGGUCCGUGAAAUUGUGAUUUUUUUCUGCUUCAUCAGGGCGAUACAGUUCGCGACUUUGCGAUAUAAGAUCGGCGGUGAGAGCGUAUGCGAGAGACUUUGUGCGUGUGUUGUGUUUGGUUAAUAGUAUAAUCAUUUGGCAACACUGAUUUUAUACCUUUUGGCAACGAGAGCAGCUUCGGGCUCGAUAGACAGAUGAAAGUUUUCUCCAGAAUAAUGUGAAAAUAUAGUCCAACAGCAUCCAAAUUUGCAUCAAUAUUUGCAAAAUUAACGUACCGUUGAGAUCCAUAUACAUAUUUUUGUGAGACAAGUAAGUGCAGUGAACAAACAGGAUAGUUUAUUGUUUGUGGGGAAUCGACCUGAAAGAAAAGGAAAAAAAAAACAAAAUUUUGGUGUGGUUGCUCCUGCUGAACAGAAAGAAGAGGAGCGAAUCUCAAAGAGGAACAAGUUCUCAUUCGUCCUGCUGGUUUGAAAUUUGCCUGGUGCGGCUAGAGGUACACAUUCGAGAAAAGUGUGAAAGGUCGAUGUUCUGAUCGAAAUCGAAGAAAGAAUAGAAUAUAGCCAAAAUCUUUCAGCUGAGGCAACUCCUAGGUAACGUGUGACUAACUAGAGGAAAGCAGACUUUUGGCACUUCGUACCAGAACCAUCCAUCAUUGACAAAAUGACGGAAGAAGCUUACCCAAAAACCCUGUAUGUGGGUAACCUGGAUCAGUCCGUGACGGAGGAUCUGCUGUGCGCAUUGUUUGGACAAAUGGGAGCCGUAAAAAGCUGUAAAAUCAUAAGGGAAGCCAGCAGCGAUCCUUACGCAUUCAUCGAAUGCAAUCAUCAGUCGGCUCAAACGGCGCUUGCUGCGAUGAACAAGCGGUUGUUCCUGAAAAAGGAGAUCAAAGUAAACUGGGCCACUAGUCCAGGGAACCAGCCUAAAACGGAUACCAGCCAGCAUCAUCACAUCUUCGUGGGUGAUUUGAGUCCGGAAAUUGAAACCGAAACCUUGCGAGAAGCCUUUGCUCCAUUUGGCGAGAUAUCAAAUUGUCGAAUCGUUCGGGAUCCACAAACACUGAAAUCUAGGGGCUACGCGUUUGUGUCGUUUGUGAAGAAAGCUGAAGCGGAAAAUGCGAUUCAAAUGAUGAACGGUCAAUGGUUGGGAUCGAGGAGCAUCAGGACAAAUUGGUCCACUAGAAAGCCACCUGCACCGCGGGAAAAUAUCAAAGGUAUUAAAAGUGGAAAGACACCCGGCUUCGAAGAAAUUUAUAAUAAUACGGGACCCACAAAUACCACCGUAUAUUGUGGUGGCUUCCCUGCAAAUGCUAUUAAUGACAUGCUAAUCCACAAGCAUUUUGGAUUAUUCGGCCAAAUUCAAGACGUGCGAGUAUUUAAGGAUAAAGGAUACGCAUUUAUUAAGUUUAACAAUAAGGAGUCUGCCGCUAGAGCCAUAGAAGGAACUCAUAAUAGUGAAAUACAAGGAUAUGCUGUAAAAUGCUAUUGGGGUAAGGAAAAUGGAGGUGAAAUGGCGAGUAAUGGUAUUAACGCCGCAGUUGCUGCUGCUGGUAUGGUUGGCAUUGGUAUUAAUAGCAUAGCAGGAAGCCCAUUGCAACCUUCAAAUGCGGCGGCGGCCGCUGCAGCUGCAGCAGCAGCAGCCGCAGCUCAACAGCAUGGUGGGAACCCACAACUAACUCAGGCGGCGGCCGCUGCAGGAGCCACGCAGUAUCCUUAUUCUGCCGCAUAUGGUCAGAUGGGUUAUUGGUAUCCGGGAUACCCACAAAUGCAAGCACAGUAUAUGCAACAAGGCUAUGCGGCAUAUCCAUAUGCCUAUGCAGCGGCCAGUCCACAGCAGGCAGGCACUGCUGGUUAUCGCAUGAUGCAGCCAAAUAUGACUGCCGGAUGGGGAAUGCAAGCCGUCCCAGGCGUUGCUACCAAUGGGGCAGCAGCAGCCGCUGCCGCAGCCGCAGCUGCUGCCUCAUCUCAACAGCCAAUGAUGUAUGCGGCAAUGCCACAAUUCCAGACGCAAUGAGACAUAUUGAAAAACUGCCCCAACAACAGCAUUGUUAACAAAAUUGUAGGAGUAACGGCCGCUUCAGCAGCGCCCAUCAAUCACCAGCAAACCGCUCAUUUCAGUUUGAUUACCAAUCCUGCAGUUGCAGCAGCAGCAGCCGCCGCCAAUCCACUGACUGCAGCUGCUGCGAAUUUGAACAAUAGUCUAAUUUCUGCACCACCUAUAAGGACCAACACAAAUAACGCGAUAAUCCUAGCAGCUCAUCAGCAACAUCCGGCAGCACUGCAUCAGCAUCCAUUUGGUGCCCCAACACAUCACUUGAUAGCAACACCAACCAAUCCGUCGAUAACACCGAUUGCAGCAGCAGCCACCGCCGCCAAGCUCUACCACCAUCAGCCCACAGCCACGGUCGUCAAUUCUAUACUUGCACCAAACUCAUCAAAUUCAACUGCUUCUUUAUGUAACCUCCAAGCUGCUAAUACUUGUCAGUUACCGGUACGAACGAUCACUGCCGUUGUUGGUGCGAUGACUACUGUUGCAACGUUGGCAUCAACAGCAGCAACGACGGUGCUAACUCCUUCUUCCGCAACAGCCAAUGGAAUUGUUCCUCAAAGCAAUGGUAGUAAUAAUAGUAGUAAUAACAAUUGUAACAGUAGCAGUAACAGUAUUGCGGCUGCCGUUGCUGCUAUUAUAAACAAUAACCUAAAUUUCAAAUAUAGCAGCAACAGCGGAAAUAUCAACAGCAGCAAUGUGCUACAAAAUACCGGUAUGAAAGUUCCAGUAAAUAGUUCCAGCAAUAAACAUAUUAGCAGUAUCGAACCAAAUAAUCUGAAACAUAAACUCAACGAUGAAAAUGAUAAGUUUCAUCCCACAAAUGGAGUGGAAGGCAGCCCUGUGUGCAAGAAGAAGGCGAUAGAUAGUGGGAGCAGUAAUGUUGCCAGCAGUACCGAUGAAAGUUGCCAUUUACCAGAAGAAGCUGUAGCAACAUCGACAACAUCAAUGGCAGGGACGACUACAAUUACCACGACAAACGACAGCAACCAAGAGAGAUGAAUAGGACACUCGAGCGAAGACUGUGAAAAAAUGCGUACCAUUUUCUGGUUCGGUAGGAUAUUUUAAUUCCCGACCAUAAACGGUGAGUGUAGAUCAGCUAUACUGUUUUAAACAAGUUUGUUUGCAUCAUAUGUUGGAAUCUUGUGUACAACCAUCUCCAUCUGAUUAUGUACUAUUUUCUUAAUGGACACGUGUGUAAAGAACAUUCUCUGUAAUUAAUUUAAUGAAUAGGUCCUCAUUUUUAGAUGAAAAGGUAUCAUAUUACCGUUUAAGAAACGACUAAUAGAGUGAGGCAAUAAUACAAAUCUUGAUAAAUUUGUGAACACGUAGAGCAAUAAUUACAGACAUUAAUA